GAUUGUAUAGUAUAGAUAUUCGUACUUUAAGUACAGUUAGUGUAAAAAGAAUUUAGUAGGAGUUAAGAGUGAGAGAAAUAUCACGAUAGCUAAAAUGGUGCUUCGUUAUUUUUUGAUACCGGCCGUAAGUAAUCGUAAGAUUAAAGAACUGCAAAAUAAUUUAAAUUUAAAAUUCGAUUCGAAGAUAGAAAAAAUUGAAACAGAAUAUUGUUUUUAUGUAGAAACUGAUCGAGCUCUGAAUGCCAAAGAGAAAUACAGACUGGAAUGGAUUUUGACUUCGUUUGAUGGGGUACUGGCAGAAACAACACAGCUUCCUGAAUUUCUGUGUUCUGAUAAAAAACAUUUUGUGCUGGAAAUUGGGCCUAGAUUGAAUUUUUCCACUCCAUUUUCCACAAAUGCUGUAUCUAUAUGUAAGUCGAUUAACUUACCCGUUUCAAGGAUUGAGCGAUCUGUGAGAUACUUAUUUUACUUCAGUCAAGAAUAUGACGUCGAUAUCAAUGCAAAUAUUGCCAAAUCUAUGCAUGACAGAAUGACGGAAUGUGUUUAUGAUACUCCAAUUCAUAGUUUUGAAGUAAAUGUCUCUCCAGAACCAUGGGAUGAAGUGGAUAUACUAGGUUAUGGAAGACAAGCUUUAGGAGAAAUUAGUCAUAAAUUAGGUUUAGCAAUGGAUGAUUGGGAUUUAAACUUCUACACUCAGUUAUUCCGUAAUGAACUUAAAAAAAAUCCUACUACAGUUGAAUGUUUUGAUCUAGCUCAGUCAAACAGUGAACACAGUAGACACUGGUUUUUUAAGGGAAAUCUAAUUAUAGAUGGAGUGCCAAUGAAAGAGAACUUAUUUGAAAUGAUUAUGAAGACUCAAAAACAUUCACAUCAAAAUAAUGUGAUAAAAUUUUCUGAUAACAGUAGUGGAAUUCGAGUUAAUGUUAAUGUAUUUUCACCUGUGGAUUCUGAUCAGCCAAGUUACUUCAAAACUAAGUCAGCUGUGCAGCAUAUUAUAUUUACUGCUGAAACACACAAUUUUCCUACUGGCGUUGCACCUUUUAGUGGUGCAGCAACUGGAACUGGAGGUCGUAUACGAGAUGUCCAGGCUGCUGGUCGAGGCUCACAUGUAAUAGCUGGAACUGCAGGAUAUUGCUUCGGAAACUUGAACAUUCCUGGGUACGAUUUACCUUGGGAAGAUAAAACAUUUGAUUAUCCAUCAAAUUUUGCUUUGCCUGUUGAUAUUGCUGUAGAGGCUAGUAAUGGUGCUUCAGAUUAUGGAAAUAAAUUUGGUGAACCAAUUAUAUCAGGUUUUGCAAGAUCAUUUGGCUUGAAGUUGCUAAAUGGUGAAAGGAGAGAAUGGAUAAAACCAAUUAUGUUUACUGGUGGAAUUGGUAGCAUUAAUGAUAAAUUAAUCAAGAAGAAGGAACCAGAACUAGGAAUGCUUGUUGUAAAAAUAGGAGGACCUGUUUAUAGAAUUGGUUUGGGUGGGGGUGCAGCAUCUUCAGUUCAUGUUCAGGGUGAUCAAAAAGAAGAGCUUGAUUUUGGUGCUGUUCAGAGAGGUGAUCCAGAAAUGGAACAAAAAUUGAAUCGAGUAGUAAGAGCUUGCAUUGAGCGUGGAGAAAGGAAUAUCAUAUGUAGCAUUCAUGAUCAGGGUGCUGGUGGUAAUGGUAACGUUCUUAAAGAAAUUGUUGAAGGUGCUGGGGCUGUUAUUUAUGCUGAGGAAUUUCAGUUAGGAGAUCCAACUAUCAGUGUUCUUGAACUCUGGGGUGCUGAGUAUCAAGAAAGUAAUGCUAUACUAAUUAAUCCAAAAGACAAAUCUGUACUUCAGAGCAUUGGAGAUAGGGAAAAGUGUCCUGUGAGUUUUGUAGGAGAAGUGACUGGAACUGGUGAUAUUGUACUUAUAGAAAAAAGGAAUCAAGAAGCCUCUCGACAUCCUGUUGAUUUAAAAUUAUCCUGUGUUCUUGGAUCUGUACCUCCAAAAACAUUCAAUUUGAAUCGACAGACUAUGAUUUUAAAGCCUUUAGAAUUGCCUUCAGAUUUAAAUUUGCAGUUGGCACUUCAUUAUGUAUUACGUCUUCCUUCUGUGGGUAGUAAAAGAUAUCUUACCAAUAAAGUUGAUCGAAGUGUUACAGGGUUAAUUGCUCAGCAGCAGUGUGUUGGACCAUUACAUACACCUCUUGCUGAUGUUGCUGUAGUUGCUGUAUCAUAUCUUGAUACUGUUGGUAGUGCUACAUCUAUUGGGGAACAGCCUAUCAAAGGCCUUCUUAAUCCAUCAGCUGGAGCAAGAAUGUCUGUAGCUGAAGCUUUAACAAACAUAGUUUUUGCUAAAAUAACGUCUCUUCAGGAUAUCAAAUGUAGUGGAAAUUGGAUGUGGGCAGCUAAAUUACCUGGAGAAGGUGCUGCUUUAUAUGAUGCUUGUAAAGCUAUGUGUUCUACUAUGUCCAAAAUUGGUGUUGCUAUAGAUGGUGGCAAGGAUUCUUUAAGCAUGGCAGCAAGGGUUAAUGAUGAAACUGUAAAAGCACCAGGGACAUUAGUAAUAUCAGCAUAUGCUCCAUGUCCAAAUAUCACACUAACUGUGACACCUGACUUGAAAUGUCCAGAUGGAAAAGGAACUCUAAUAUAUGUGGAUGUGUCCAGUGGGAAGUCCCGUCUUGGAGGAACUGCUUUAGCUCAGUGCUUGAAUCAGCUUGGUGCUGAUACACCAGACUUGGAUAAUCCUUUAGCUUUACGAGAUUCAUUUAAUGCGAUACAAGAACUGUUAAGUAAAAACAAAAUAACUGCUGGUCAUGAUAUUAGUGAUGGUGGUUUUAUUGUUUGUAUUUUGGAAAUGGCUUUUGCAGGAAAUAGUGGUGUAAAUAUUAAUCUGAAAAGUAAUAAAAGUUUGUUUCCCUCAAUGUUUAAUGAAGAAGUUGGAUGGAUUCUUGAAGUUAAAGAAUCAAAUUUAAAUUAUGUCCUUAAAACUUUUGAGAACUUAGAUGUGUCUUGUCAAAAUAUUGGAUAUAGCUUUGGACAUGGAAUAAGCGCUAAAAUAAUACUACAGCUGAAUGAAGAAGUUGUUCUUGAUAUGCCAAUGGUAGUUUUGAGGGAUAUCUGGGAAGAAACAAGUUUCCAGCUGGAGUUAAGGCAAACAAACCGUGAAUGUGUGAUGCAAGAAAAACAAGGAUUAUCAAAACGUACCAGUCCUGAGUAUUGCAUAUCAUUUGAUAUGUCUUCAAUUAAACCUCAUGUUACAUUUCGAUCGGGUCCACGUGUUGCUGUUAUUCGAGAAGAAGGCAUAAAUGGAGAUAGGGAAAUGAUAGAUUCUCUGUUUAUGGCAGGUUUUGAAGUAUGGGAUGUUACCAUGACUGAUUUGUUAACAAAAGGAGUAUCAUUAUCUAAAUUUCAGGGUGUUAUUUUUCCUGGUGGAUUUAGUUAUGCUGAUGUACUUGGUUCAGCUAGAGGUUGGGCUGCAGGUUUUCUUUUCCAUCAUGAAUUGGAAACUCAGUUAUUAGCAUUUAGAAAUCGACAUGACACAUUUAGUCUUGGUGUUUGCAAUGGAUGUCAACUCAUGGGUCUUCUUGGCUGGAUUGCUCCAUAUAAAAAUGAGCAAGGUGAUCAAUGUCAAGGAGUUUCUCUUAGUCAAAAUCUGUCAGAACGAUUUGAGUCCCGUUUUGUGACUGUAAAAAUUAUUGAAUCGCCAUCUAUCAUGCUUAAGGACAUGGAAAAUUCUAUUUUAGGUGUGUGGGUUGCUCAUGGAGAAGGACGAUUUGAAUUUAAAAAUUCACAAAUUUUACAGGAAGUUCAGUCACAAAAUUUAAUGCCACUUUUAUACGUUGAUGACACAGGGUCACCAACUACUGAGUACCCAUUUAAUCCAAAUGGCAGUAUUGGAGGGAUAGCAUCCAUAUGUUCAAUUGAUGGAAGGCAUCUUGCCAUGAUGCCACAUCCAGAACGCUGUGUUUUACCAUGGCAGUGGGCAUGGAUGCCAGAACAUUUAAAAUCAACCAUGACUGUUUCACCAUGGUUAAAAAUGUUUACCAAUGCGUAUGACUGGUGUGUUCGUAACAGAUGAAACACAUGUGGAGAACUUAUUCAAGUCAUAAAAUUUAUUGAUUUCAAUUUAUAUAUAUAUAUAAUAUUCUAUAUCAAAUCUCUAUAUGACAUAAAAGUGUGAUAUUUUAAAUGAUUACUAGCACUGUAAUGAGUUAUUUUACUGGUAGAAAAUUUGUUAUUUUGUGAAUAAAUCACGUUCUUUAUUUUGAGUAACUUAUUUGAUGGUAACAGAAUUAAUGAUCCUCUAGUUAAUAUAUCAAUUAAUCAUAUGUUGUAAAUUAUUUUCUUCUUUUUAGGAAUAUUUGUUAACAAAUUGUGUAAUAGUAAUUUAUUUUAUUGCAGUACUUAAAAAUGUCAAAACAUUUGUAUGAAUGAUAACUAAGAAAGUAUAUAUUUUAUUAUUUUAUUAUGGUAGCUAAUUAAGUUAGUUGGUUUUUAUUCCUAAUGAGAAUUUUCCUCCCAUGAGGUGUUACUUUUCACUUGGAAAGAAAACUAGAUUCUACUGAAGUCACUGUUGUAAUUUAUCUGUUUAAGUUUCCAAUGAAAAGUGCAAAUGAGUAGUUUGGAUGCAAAUAAUAUGACUAUGAUAAUAAAAAACUUCUGAGAUUUAUCUGUAUUCAUAAUAAAUUGGGUAUUAAAUAUAAAUUGCAAAAUACAUUUAUUGACUUUUGUGUUACAGAAAACAUUUUAUGUCAUAGAGCUUUAUUUAUUAACAUAAUCAGAUUGCAUACAUUUUAAACAUUUCAUUUAAAAGAUUUUAAAGUAUAAAUGCUGAAGUAAUACCAUGUUUAGACUACUGUGAUAUUUAUAUCAUAAUGUAUGCUCAAUUGUGAAAUAUAUGCAGCUCAAAGAUGGUAAGUUUUUUUUUUUUUUUUUUUUUUUUCAUUUUGUUUGUUUAUUUAUAUUAUUUCAAUUUUUCACACAUAAAUCAUUUGAGGGCUAAUUCUCUAAAAGAUUUCCAUUUUCAAUAAUUUUAAGAUGAAUUAAUUUUACUUUUCAAUUUUAAUAUGCAUGCCUUAAUUUUGUAUGUUUAUCGAUUGCAUUAUUUUCUUUUUAUCGAUUUUCUUGUAAAAAUGGAUAAGUGGAGAAUAUAAUGAAAGUUCCUUGGAUUCUUUUGAUCUUACAAAUAUAUUUGUUGAUGUAGAUAAUUAAAAGUAUCGCCUAUAAGAUUAAUUGUGAAAUUUUCUCCUUUUAAUUAUAAACAGGUCAGUGUUAUAUGGUGGAUUAAUAAAAUUUAAUGUUUGCUUUUAUAAAGAGAAAAAAUCCAUUUGAGGAGAACAUGGUUAUUUGCUAUUUGGAAUAUCUGUAGUACUAACCAGUAAUAAAAAUUCUUUUUCACAUUUUAAA